AUGAUCUCACAAACAACUCAAGAGUUACUGGAGCGGUAUACUGGCAAGGAGGUGCCGUAUUCAUUUAACGGCGGGUCACUACUGGUCGGCGCUGCUAUUGCCAUGGGUGGUAUUGCCAUUUGGUCCAUGCAUUUCAUCGGGAACAGAGCUAUUGAUAUGCUGGACGGCAAUGAAACCUUCCAAAUCACCUACUCCACUGCUCUGACCUUCACGUCACUCCUCGUCCCAAUUCUUGUCCUCAUCCUUGCAUUCCUCAGUAUCAGCGGCAAUGGCAAAAUUCGAUGGUGGCGAAUCGGUCUCGCGGGAUUACUCUCCGGCGAUGCAAUCUGCGGCAUGCACUACCUUGCUGAUUCAUCUAUAACCAAUUACAAAAGCUCCUAUCAACUUUCAUAUCUUAUUGGCUCCGUUGUCAUUGCCGUGUUCGCUAGUACGACUACACUGGCGUUGUUUUUCGUUUUCGAAAGUAGUUGGAAGAAUGCAUGGUGGAAAAGAUUGGGAUGUGCAAUGGUUCUUGCAGGAGCUGUGUCUGGCAUGCAUUGGUGUGCGGCUGCCGGUACGAAUUAUAGACUCUUGAAGGUUACGCGAAGAGAGGGGAUGUCUCGACAGGACGCUAUGAUUGUGGUGAUUUGCUUGGCUAUUUGCGGAGGCAUAGCGAUGACUGGUCUGGCAGUGUACGUCAGUUGGGUCAGACGCGACUAUGCCAGCAAAUCGCAACAAGUAGUUCUCGCUGCCUGUGUCUUUGAUAAAAAGGGCCGUAUCAUGGUUAGCCAAGACGGUUACUUGCCCAGCGAAGUCGUCACUGAUACGUAUUUACCGAAAUCCAAUGAUGAUUACUUCAAUACCAACCACCCGUUCUUCCACUGGAUGUUCCUCGCUUCCCGCAACUGGAACACAAUCAACACAGUCAUGAGCAAAAUGGUUGACCACAUCUCUCUCCUUGCACAAAGCAACAACGGCAGAGUCAGCGUCAAACUCGUUGGCGAGGACGGAGUCCUAGUCGAGGACUAUGACACCAUCCUCCGGGAGCUGUUCUGUGUAACUGCCAACGCGCUUGCCGACAAGACCAAAGAGACGCUUAACAACGUCGGUGUGUUAUGGGACGAAAUCUUCGUAACAGGCGAAUCGUCGAGGCAUGUCGCUCCCCGCCACCGGGUCUUAAAUAGCGAUAAAUUCAGUCUGCACAGUUUUGCUGAGAAGGGUGACUUCCAGCAACACAACGCUGAAGACUACGGACAGGGAUAUCUCAUGUUCCUUGUUCGUACGGUCAAUGACAAACGAGAUAUUGAGAAGCUUGAAGCCUCUGGGUAUCGAUUUGCUGAAGUCCAUCGGGCAGUGAGUUCUAUUCGGUCGAACAUGCACAUCGGGACUGCAGAUCUAGAGUCUCGACUUCGCAACAUGUCCAACCAGAAGGACAAGAUUACCAUGCGCACUCCACGGGUCCAUGUGGGCAUGUUUGCUGUUCGCGCUCGUCCGGACAGGGGCGGAUUUGACGUCCUUGCUCAAAAAGCAGCCAAGGAUUUGCUUCCUUCUGUGGCUAUGCCAAUGGACCACCUUGAACCGAGGCAUUCUGAAUUCCUAAAUUGCAUACGGGGCAUGACACUAGCCACUAUCUUGCUGAAGCUUGAAAAGCAAAAAAUGCUUGGUUCGCCACGAGAAAUGUUGUUUGUGUCCGAUCUCCGAGAUGCCGUCUCUGGUCUGAGAGUAUUGCUCGACAAUGAGCUUUUUGACCAUGCAACCUUGUUACCAAGGGAGGUUCAAUUGCCUUGCUCUGGCAACGAAGGAGGUGAAUUCCAAUCAAAACGCACACUCAUCGUAUUUAAAUUCGUUGUCCCUAUUCACACUACUAUUGUCUCGCCUCAAUGCGAGUUCACCCCACUUAGUCUGUUCAAGAUGCGUCAACUUGCGCGUGAACGCUCCGCCCACGUCGAGUUUUCACACAUGGUACAUCGUGACAUUUCGUCCGUUAUGCACCAAAUGUCACCUGAGCGUCCUAGCAUCAUGUCACGGCUUCCAACCAGGUACAUUUCGGGAGCUCUGGAGAAGGUCAGAGACCAUUUGCGUGGUCACGAGAGGCUUGGAACCUUGCCUCCGUUGUCGUCUGCUAGAAGUCAGGAACAGUUCUCUAACUUGGCAUCGCAUCCUAGCUCCAUACACCGAGGUGAGGAGCGAAGUUUUGAAGAUGUACCACAGACGUCGUCAGCAAGUAACUAUCCUGCCAUAAAGGAACCAGACGGCUCCUCACAUAAAGCCCAAAGCCAGCGAAAGAAGUUCCAAGUCUUGGGAGGAAUUAUGGUAUCGCAAGAAGUGUCAAUCAAUGUUCAAGAAACACAAGACAAAGAGCAAGACUUCGACUCCUUUGAACAAGAUGGCACUAAACCAGCUACUCUUCGCUCCCGAGAAGGCACCGAAGACCAAGUAGAAAACUCUUACACAGCCACCGCCACAGGUGCAAUCAUCUCCGCACAAGGCAGGAAGCAAAAAGCUGCCUUUGUAGAUGAAUUGCUUGCUCUAAGUGUGCUGGCAGACAAACGGACGCAGAAACAGAAGCUGGUUUUGGAGAUAGACCACAUAUGCGACAAGCUUUCCUAUUGA